AUGCGGAGAGAGGUGUCACACUGGUCUGAUGGUGCCAGUGUUCCCCGGACAGAGUUAUGCUCUUCUAGGCAUGGUCAGAAUGAACCUUCAGCUGCCGCAACGACACCCCAAGUCACCAGUCGGCCGGGCCUCCUCACACGGUCACCUGCCAAGCUACCGAGAUACAGCGGGUUGACGCCUCUGGAGCCAUAUCUUGCACAGACUGUGCCGCUCCGGUCAGGCUGGAACCAUCCUGGAAGGGCUGCUAACCUGAAUUCACCUGGACACCCCUGCUCACCGGCUCCCGGCCGCUGCUCGGGAGCUACAGGGACUCUAGAGGACCCCCAGGAGACUAUUGCAGCUCAGACCAGCGCAUCCCAACUGCUUUCACCACACGACCCCCCAUCAUCUGAGACGGUUGCCGCUGUGGAGGAAUUGGGCCGUCGAAGUGGUGAGCAUCUGAGCGCGCCACAGCAGGAGCAACUACAACGCCUAUUGAAAGACUUUGUGGACAUUUUUGCAGCCCGAGAGGAGGACUGUACCAGGACAGCUCUAGUGAAACAUCACAUUGACACUGGCCAUGCCGCCCCAAGACUGAUGGAGCGGGUCCUUAAAGACAUUCCCCGAACCCGCUGUGUAGUCUACUUGGAUGAUCUGUUGGUCCAUGCCAGAGACUUUGACCAGGCUGUUCACAAUUUAUGGGAGGUCCUGACAGCCAUCCGUAGCGCCGGGUUGCGGCUGAACCCCGCCAAGUGUAACCUACUCACCCGACAGACCCAGUUUCUGGGACACGUGGUUAGCGAGAGUGGGGUGGCUACCGACCCAGCGAAGGUGGCUGCCGUGAGCAACUGGCCCCCACCAGCCAACAUCACUGAGCUGCGGAGCUUUCUGGGCUUAGCCUCGUACUACAGAAGGUUUGUCAGAGACUUUGCAACCAUUGCCAGCCCCUUGCACCAGCUGACAAAUAAGGGCCAGCGGUUUAGGUGGUCUGAGGACUGCGCAGCAGCCUUCCAGCAACUAAAAGCCGCCCUCAUCGGCGCACCUGUCCUAGCUUACCCUGACCCCAACCAACCUUUCCUUGUGGACACUGACGCUAUCAAUGUGGGUGUUGGGGCCGUACUCUCCCAGAGUGGGGAGACCGGAGAGAGAGUGGUGGCCUACUAUAGCUGCAGCCUCAGUCGACCAGAAAGAAACUACUGCGUCACCCGGCGGGAGUUGUUAGCAGUGAUCCUGGCAGUACGGCACUUUAGGCCCUACCUCUUGGGUACUAGGUUCACACUUCGGACUGACCAUGCUAGCCUUACUUGGAUGUUAAAUUUCCGGCAACCAGAGGGCCAGGUGGCAAGGUGGAUGGAGAUCCUCCAAGAAUACGAUUUUGAGGUACAGCACCGACCAGGGCAGCAGCAUGCCAAUGCUGAUGCCCUCUCCAGGCGUCCAUGCCUCACCGACGAGUGUCGGUAUUGCAGUCGUCAGGAAGAAAGAGGUCUGGGGCCAUCAUCAGCAUCAGCAGGGCUAGGUGACACUGAUGGGGGAGGGGAGCCGUUCACCACUGACCAGCUGAGGCAACUGCAGGCAAACGACCAAGUGUUGGUGAAGGUAAAGGGUUGGCUGGAGACCCAAGCACGUCCAGACUGGCAAACCGUGUCCUCCCAGGGGCCUGAGAUCAAGUCACUUCACUCCCAGUGGGGCAACCUGGAGUUGCACGAUGGCGUGGUCUACAGACGGUGGCAAGCACCAAGGGGGAAUUGA